AUGGCAGCGUCGACGCUGGUGAAGUCAGGGAACGGGGCGGAGAAGCGAGCGAAGAAGGAGCCGAAGCUGCUUCUAGGCCGCUUCGAGGUGGGGAAGCUUCUCGGUGCCGGGACCUUCGCCAAGGUCUACGUCGCCCGCAACGUCCGCACUGACGAGCUAGUGGCCAUCAAGGCGCUGGACAAGGAGAAGAUCGUCAAGUGGGGGCUCAUUUCCCAAAUCAAGCGGGAGAUCGCCAUCCUCCGGCGCGUCCGACAUCCCUACAUCGUUCAGCUCUUUGAGGUCAUGGCCACCAAGACCAAGAUCUACUUCGUCAUGGAGUACGUCUGUGGCGGGGAGCUUUUCUCCCGCAUCUCCAAGGGCCGGCUCCGCGAGGACGCCGCCCGCCGAUACUUCCAGCAGCUCGUCUCCGCCGUCGCCUUUUGCCACGCUCGCGGCGUCUUCCACCGGGAUUUGAAGCCAGAGAACCUUCUCGUCGACGAGAAUGGCGACCUCAAGGUCUCCGACUUCGGGCUCUCCGCGGUCGCGGAGCAGAGCCGCGGCGGGGACGACCUGCUCCACACCUUCUGCGGCAUGCCGGCGUACGUGGCUCCGGAAGUGCUUUCGAGAAGGGGCUACGACGGCGCCAAGGUCGACAUUUGGUCCUGCGGCAUCAUCCUCUUUGUAUUGACCGCCGGCUGCCUCCCGUUCCGCUAUUGCAACAUUGUGUCCUUGUACCGAAAGAUCUACAAAGGGGAUUUCCGGUGCCCGUGA